AUAUAUAUCGAACAAUAUAUUUUUUCACCAUGUCUGUAAUUUAAUACAUUUAUCCUCGUCUAUUCGCCGACUUUAGUAGUAAAAAUACAAUUUAUCAAGAGGGACUUUCCCACUUGAAUCGAUCGGAAUUGUUUAUUAUGAGGAUUGAUCGUGUUGAAUUGUAUGAGCUGUGAAUAAAAACGACUUUGCUAACAUGUGGGCAGACACUAUUCUAAUUUUGUUUAUCAGUAUUUGCACAGCGUUACUAGGCGAAGGGUUUACAUGGUUAAUGGUGUACAGAACCGAAAAAUAUCAAAAACUAAAAGCCGAGGUUGAAAAACAAAGCAAAAAGCUGGAGAAAAGAAAAGAGGCACAUGGUGACUCUUUGGACAGACAACAAAAGAAGAAAAUUGAACGGGAAGAGGAGAGAUUGAAGAACAACAAUCGAGAUCUGUCUCUUGUGAAAAUGAAAUCUAUGUUUGCGAUUGGAUUUGCAUUUACAGCGUUAUUGAGUAUGUUCAACAACAUAUUUGAUGGACGAGUAGUCGCCAGAUUACCAUUUGUCCCAAUCAGCUGGAUACAAGGUUUGUCGCAUAGAAAUCUUCCUGGUGACGAUUAUACUGAGUGCUCAUUCAUAUUUUUGUACAUAUUGUGUACAAUGAGUAUCAGACAGAACAUCCAGAAAAUACUUGGCUUUGCGCCAUCCAGAACUGCAAGCAAACAGAGUGGCAGUAUCUUUGGAGUUCCACCUCAGCAAUUUAAAUAAAUUUAAAUUUUAUGAAUUGUUAAUGGAGUGUUUUACAGAAAUCUCUUUUAUAAAUCUUACUGUGUAAUUUUGAGAAUUUAUUUAUAUUUAAUAUUUAUAAUCU